AUGGCUCGGCGCGGCGGCUGCCGCAGCGCCUUUUCGUGUUUCGUGCACGACCAGCUGCCCGAGCUGGAGCGGCGCGGGCUGCCCGUGGCCCACGUGGCGGACGCCGUCCCCUACUGCUCCCAGGCAUGGGAGUCCCUGACAGAGGAAGAGAAGGCAGUGUAUGCAGAGAAGGCUCGUAAAUGGAAUAUAAAGAAACGCUCUCAGAAGACAGUAAAGGAGACUGAUGUGCCUGAUCCAGUUCCUGCUCCUCUGACCACAAAGAUGCCCAGUGCUACUCCUUUGCCAGAUGCCUCUGCUCUGUCUUGGAAGAGUGAUCAGGAUAUGGUUGCAGACAUCUUCUACUUCUUGGACAUUUACAGCUACGGGAAGCUGCCGCCCCACUGCGAGCAGCGCUUCCUUCCCUGUGAGAUUGGGUGUGUCAGAUACUCCCUACAAGAUGGCAUUGUGGCUGAUUUCCACCACUUCAUAGAUCCAGAAGUACCACCACGUGGUUUUCGGUACCACUGCCAGGCUGCCAGUGAUGAAACCCAUAAGAUCCCUAUAUCUGGAUUUCACCUUCCUCGUUCUUGUUACUCAGUUGUCCUACGGGAACUUGUUGAGUUUGCCCAGCCAGCCAGAGGUGCUCAGCCUCGCUUCUUCUGCAGGUCUAAUGACAGAUUCCGAAUUAACUGGUGUCUUGGUCGAAUGGCCAGCAUAACAGGCAUUGAGAGCCACUGGGAGCUUUUUGCAGUAGAAGACCUGAUAAUGAAACUGUACCAGAAGAAAUACCAAAAGGAGCCAUCCAAGAUCUGGGUGUACAGAAAACUGGAUGUCUGCCUGUGGGAUUUCUCCAGUAAUACCAGGUGCAAGUGGCAUGAGGAGAAUGAUAUCAUCUGUUGUGCUCUGGCAUCAUGUAAGAAAAUGAGUUACUGCAUCAGUAAGUCCUUUGCUAGUGUUUAUGGAGUCCCACUAACAGCAGCUCACCUCCCUCUGCAAGACUCUGAUUGUGAUCAAAGCACAAAUACCAGGAUUGUGAAACUGGAUUCUGGACAUACCCAGAAAAUGAAAGCUGAGAGUUCUGGAUGCGACAAACCUUCGGGUUCUCCAAGACAGGAUCGAUACUUUGUCUCUUCUAAUUGUGAUGCUCCAUGUGGUGUGAAGACCUCCCCUUGUGGAGCAAGUGUUGUACAAGGAAGAGGAGUUAUUCGAUUGCUGAGAAGUGCAUCUGAUCUAUCCAAGUCUUUCAGUAAUUGAAAAUCUCUUUCACAUCCAGGACAGCUGUACUGAAACUCAAGAUGAGGUGGUUCGUUCCUUUGAAUAAGGAAAAAAUCCAACAAAAAAAAUGCAAGCAAAACCCCAAAUGCAGCAAAAAUAAGAGGUUUAUUUGAACAUGCUGAUCAGUGUGUCAGAAAAGGCCAAGUGCUGGUUUAGUUGGAAACCUGUUACAGCUGCUGUAAGACCAGUUGAACCCUUUCUUCCAGUGUUUUAGGAUCACUGAAGUAUUUCUAUUCUUACCUAACUGUUCACCUUUAUCACUGAAUUUCCUCAAUUGAUUCUGUAUUUCCUUCCUUGGAGGCUGCUGUCCUACCUGCAGAUUUUCACCAAAUAAGGGACAUUAAAGCUCUAAUGCUGACAUUUACCAGUGAAGCACCUUGGGAAUGUUGUAACAGACUGACAGUGUCUAUCAAGUAGUGCUAAAGGCUUUUCUGCAUUUGUAUAGAGUUGUCCAAGUUCCUUAACUGACAGCCAUUGCUGCAUUGAUAUUUCAUAAUGUACAGAACUAUUGUUUUUGAAGUAUUUUCAGAGUUCACUGUUGUAAUAAAAGUUUGUUUUGGUUCUUAUG